AUGUCCCGGGUGGGAGGGGUGCGGGGCCUGGGACUGGUCUCUCGCAUCCUCAUUCGCCACCUCUCCCCAGACGACCUCAUGCUGCGCCGGCGGCCUCCCAAAGCCUGGAACGAGUCGGACCUGGACGUGGCGUACGAGAAGAAGUCCUCACACGCAGUCAGCUACGAACGCCUGGACGCCUUCGGGAGGCCCUCCUCCCCGGGCCUGCAGCUGUUACCCUGGAGAGAGAGCAGCCUGGACGGGCUGGGGGCCACCGGCAAGGACAACCUCACCAGCGCCACCUUGCCCCGCAAUUACAAGGUCUCCCCUCUGGCCAAUGACAGGCGUUCUGACGUGGGCAGCUACCGCCGAUCGCUGGGCUCCCAGGGGCCAUCAGGCACUUUGCCUCGAAGCUGGCAGCCUGUCAGCCGCAUCCCCAUGCCUCCUUCCAGCCCCCAGCCUCGGGGCGCCCCCCGUCAGCGCCCCAUCCCCCUCAGCAUGAUCUUUAAGCUGCAGAACGCCUUCUGGGAGCACGGGGCCAGCAGAGCCAUGUUCCCUGGCUCCCCCAUCUUCUCCCGAGCUCCUCCGCCCAAGCUGCCUCCCCAGCCCCAAGCACCUCCCCAGCCCCAGCCCCAACCACAGUCCCAGGUGCCCCCACAGCCCCAGUCACAACCACCAUCCCAGCCUCAGCUCCAGCUUCAACCCCCUGCCCCAGUGCCCCAGUUCCCCCAACAGACUUGGAGUGAAGGCGCCCCCAAAGCCCCUGCAGAGCUGGAGCCUGAACCAGAGCUGGAGGGGCUGCUGGCACCAGUGCUGGAGGCUGGCGACGCAGAUGAAGGCACUGUCACUCGGCCCCUCAGCCCCACGCGGCUGCAGCCAGCGCUGCCACCAGAGGCACAGUCGGUGCCCGAGCUGGAGGAGGUGGCACGGGUGCUGGCGGAGAUUCCUCGUCCCCUCAAACGAAGGGGUUCCAUGGAACAGAGCCCUGCCGUAGCCCUGCCCCCCACCCACAAGAAGCAGUACCAGCAGAUCAUCAGCCGCCUCUUCCAUCGUCAUGGUGGGCCCGGGGCGCCUGAGCCCGAGCUGUCCUCCAUCUCUGAGGGACCUGAGGCCAGGGCGGGACCCCCGGCUCCUGCCCCACCAGCUCCCAUACCACCCCCGGCCCCGCCCCAGAGCAGCCCACCAGAGCAGCUGCAGAGCAUGGAGAUGCGCUCGGUGCUGCGGAAGGCGGGCUCUCCGCGCAAGGCCCGCCGCGCGCGUCUCAACCCGCUGGUGCUGCUGCUGGACGCGGCGCUGACCGGGGAAAGAGGGAAUGUAACAGAGGGAACGGGGACUCGAUGUACAAGAGGGCAUGGAGACCUCUGGCCCUGUCUUGGGGGUUGGCCCAGCUUGAUGCACCCCAACGUUCUCCAGCUUUCGAGACCGCCAGUCCUGGCAGCGGACUCAGCUCAGGUGGCUCACCCCCAGCCGGGGCAGCCCCGAACCCCAGGCCUGGCUGGCCCUGUCCCCCGCGAGCCUGUGCCUCGGGUCCCUGGGUGCUCCCGGCCCUCACGAGCCCCGCCCUCUCGCCUGUCAGACGUGGAGCAGAGCAUGGGGCUGAUGCACAACGGGAUGGUGUACGCCCUCUGGGACUACAGCGCCGAGUUCGGGGACGAGCUGUCCUUCCGCGAGGGCGAGUCGGUCACCGUGCUGCGCAGGGACGGGCCGGAGGAGACGGACUGGUGGUGGGCCACGCUGCACGGCCAGGAGGGCUACGUGCCCCGGAACUACUUCGGGCUCUUCCCCAGGGUGAAGGCCCAGAGGAGUAAGGUCUAGCGGAGAGAAGGACAUCUUCAGGGGAGACAGGAGGAAGCAAUUUUGCCGUGGCCCCAGACCGCCCGACCCAUGACCGCUGCCCCUCCCCGCACCCCAAGCCCGGCAGGGGCAGGAUCCUCGCCACCAGCUCUCUGCUUUCCCGGAAGCCCGCCCAGGGGAGAAGGAGAAGCUCAGCCUUACAGUUUAGAAACCUGCCUUACCUGUGGGAGGUCAGGUGGGGCAAGAGAGACACCCCCGCCCCACCGUUUGCCAAAUCAGAUUCUGUCCAAAGUGCCCCCCACCCCUGUCAGCCCCUCCCCCAGCCCCUCAAAGCAAGCCCACCCAUCAUCCCAGUGGGAUGGGCCACCUCCAGUGGCUUUGCCUGGGAGUCACCUCUGCCCCCAUUUCUCCCAGCCGCCCUGGGGGGGACCAGGGGAGGCACGCUGGUCUCUCUACCGGGAUCUCUGCACACACUCCCACCCCCCACCCCUCGCCCCACACUCUCCAACCGACCCAGUGCCUUCACACAGUGCUGGUUUUAUAACAAAAUGGGGACGUUCUUCUUUAUAAAUAAAGGUAGUUUGCACAG